AUUCCAUUUAACCCAAUCAAUUAACGCCACGGGGAUAAUUCUCUUUUUAUUUUCUCCUUCACCCAAUCAUCAAACGCCACGUGGAUAUCUCUCUGUUCUUAUUUCACACACGCUUCGUUCUCAUCUUCUCUUCCUCUCUCUCACAUUUUUUGCUUUCGCCGGAGGAAAAAAGAUGGAGUCUUCAGCUUACGAGUUCGACUCGCUCACUGACUUACCACCUCUUCCAGAAGAGUACAAACCAACCGUCGUGGACUACUCACGAAGCUUCGAUUCCUUACCACCGUUCCCACCUUCCGAUUUCACUUUCUCCGACCACCACCACCAACACUACCUCGACUCGUCUCUCUCGCUUUCAGACUCGAUCUUCCUCGACUCAACUCUCUCUCUCCUCAACCGUCACCACCUCUCUGUUUCACCUCGUUUGGAGCAGAACCUCUUUUACGAGCCGAUUCGUUUCAAUCAGCUCUUUCCCAACAACGACGCACCGUUUCUUCACUUGCCAGAUCUCAAAUCCAUCGAACAAACCGUGGAAGAGCCGACACUGACGACGAUGGAGCUCUUUCCAUCUCUCUGCCCUCCUCCUCCAGCCGCGAAACGUCACAAGAAGCUUCACUCUUCUACUUCUUCAACAACCUCCGGAUCUCCGACGGCGUCUUCGUCUCACAACACCAACGACGGCGGUCGCAAACGUAAGACGAUCUCGAACAAGAUCAGAACACUGGAGAAACUCAUGCCGUGGGAGAGAAAAAUGAGUUUAGCGGUGAUUCUAGAAGAAGCUCACAAGUACAUUAAGUUUCUCCAAUCUCAAAUCGCUUCACUCCUUUGGAUGCCUCUUGACUCAGUCUACAACACCGCCGGAGAAGUUGGAGAAUCUGAUCUGCUUAAAUCUCUGACACGUCAACAGAUCCUACAGGUUCUUGCGAACUCGCCAGGUUCACGAAACCUGCUCUCCACUCACGGUCUUUGCGUCUUCUCUUACGAACAGCUUCUUACCCUUAAGGCUAUGACCAGAAACCUCUGAACCACACACACCAAAAAAAAC